ACUGGGACGCGGGCUGGAGCCUUCGGCAAGUUCUAUCGGAGAAGCACAGAGUCGCCUCUGGGACCGCAGGGCGGCGGGACAGCCCGAGCACCGCCGCCCCCCUGCCCCCGCCUCCGUCCCAACCAAGGCUUCAUUUCAGUGAAAAUCGCCACCAAGGCCAAACAACUGGGUGAGAAUUCACUGAAGCCUGACAGUCUCCGCGCCCAGCUGGAGACAUCCCUGAGGCGGCUGCAGUGCCCCCAGGUAGACCUCUUUUACCUGCACCUGCCAGACCACGACACCCAGACCCACGUGGAGGAGACGCUGUGUGCCUGCCACCAGCUGCACCAGGAGGGCAAGUUCGUGGAGCUUGGCCUCUCCAACUAUGCCUCCUGGGAGGUGGCCGAGAUCUGCACCCUCUGCAGGAACAACGGCUGGAUCCUGCCCACUGUGUACCAGGGAAUGUACAACACUACCACCCGGCAGGUGGAAACGGAGCUCUUCCUCUGCCUCAGGCACUUCGGACUGAGGUUCUACGCCUACAGCCCUUUGGCUGGGGGCCUGCUGACCGGCAAGUACAAGUAUGAGGACAAGGACGGGAAUCAGCCCGUGGGCCGCUUCUUCGGGAAUAACUGGGCUGAGACCUACAGGAAUCGCUUCUGGAAGAAGCAGCACUUUGAGGCCAUCGCCCUGGUGGAGAAGCCCCUGCAGGCUGCGUAUGGCAGCAGCGCCCCCAGCAUGACCUCGGCCGCCCUCCGGUGGCUGCACCACCACUCCCGGCUGCUGCAGGGCGCCCACGGGGACGUGGUCAUCCUGGGCAUGUCCAGCGUGGAGCAGCUGGCACAGAACUUGGCUGCAACCGAGGAAGGGCCCCUGGAGCCGGCCAUGGUGCAGGCCUUCGACCGAGCCUGGCACCUGGUCGCCCACGAAUGUCCCAACUACUUCCGCUAGGGCCAGUCCUGACUUGAGAUGGCAGAGGGCCUCCUCCCUCUGUCACUCUUUGACCUUCUCACCCUGGGCCUUAAACGGCUUUAUUUGGCCUGUGCUGUUCUCCA